AUGGCUGAUACCCAACAAACUACUGCUGCUCCAUCCGCCGAUCAAAAAAGAUCAUUCGGUCGUCCACAAAGAGGUGCUGCCCCACAAAGAGGUGGUCGUCCACAAAGAGGUGCUGGUGAAUCAAAAGAUUGGACCCCAGUUACUAAAUUAGGUCGUCUCGUUGCUAGCGGUUUAAUUAAAAACAUCCACGAAAUCUAUCUUUUCUCCCUCCCAAUCAAGGAAUUCCAAAUCAUCGAUAAAUUCCUUAACCUUAAAGACGAAGUUAUGAAGAUCGUCCCAGUUCAAAAGCAAACUCGUGCUGGUCAACGUACCCGUUUCAAGGCUUUCGUUGUUGUUGGUGAUCACAACGGUCAUGUCGGUCUUGGUGUUAAAUGCGCUAAAGAAGUUGCCACCGCUAUCUCAGGUGCCAUCGUUGCCGCCAAACUUUCAGUCAUCCCAGUCCGUAGAGGUUAUUGGGGUAACAAAAUCGGUGCUCCACACACUGUCCCAACCAAAGUUACCGGUAAAUGCGGUUCAGUCGCUGUCAGACUCGUCCCAGCCCCAAGAGGUACUGGUAUCGUUGCUGCUCGUGUUCCAAAGAAAUUACUCCAAUACGCUGGUGUUGAUGAUGUUUACACCUCAUCACGUGGUAAAACCAGAACCAUGGGUAACUUUGUCAUGGCCACUUUCUUCGCCAUCACCAAGACCUAUGCUUACCUUACCCCAGAUCUCUGGAAACACACUGAACUCACCAAGACUCCAUAUCAAGAACAUUCAGCUGUUUUAGCCAACAAAUCCGAAUAA